CUUUACACAAGACCACCAACGGCACCAGGCUGCCCAUACCGCAGCACUAUCAACACUACCCCUACCUUAAUAGGUAAAUUGGAUAAAAAUUCCCACCCAUAUGACCCAGUGCCGAAAUUCAUUCAAUAAGAGGCCCUCCAGCUCUAAGCUUAACCUCCUCUACGAAAUUCGUCGCCUCUACAUUGUCGUCAAUAUUUGGCUCCAGAUUGUUGUUCAACACUAUUCCCUGCUCUAUUCCGUUCUGAUCUUCAUCAUCACUACUCACUCUUAUGUUGGCUGUUGGCUGGGUCUAAAUUUUGGAGGCGGGAGCAAGUCCAUCAUAAGGAUUCAUUGCUCCACCAAGACUUAGAAACAUUGUCAGAACUGCCGCCAACGGCAUCAGCUUGUACAAUUCCCGCAUCUGCUUCGUGGAUGCGCCAAGGAGUGACGUGACGCAACUGUUGGAAGCAAAGUCAUAGCACCGUUUGCUCUGCUAUGCU